AUGUCCACUCCCACGCCCAACGGCUCCUCGCCCUCUGCCACUGCCGCUGCAGCAGCAGAAAAGGUGACGACGCCCAUCUCGAACGCCGCAAAGGCCCGCAAUCCGCCCUUCCUGCCGACACCGCUUGAAGCCACCUUCCUGGCCGCCUACCCGGUACUCCUGGUCUUCGGCACGCUCUUCUCGCUGCUCUCGCCCGACGUGCGCAACGCGCCCUACGACGCCUUCACGCAGACGCACCAGCAGGACCCAGCGCUGGCGCCCUCGUACUUUGCGCGCAAGAACAACCUGUUCAACACGCUGUUCGUCAAGCGCGGCUGGGCGUGGAUCACCGUCGCCUUCGCGGCGUUCGCGCUCACGCACCCCGCCCUGGCGGCGGCCCCCCAGCGCCGCGUCAAGGCGGGCGUCCGCUGGGCGCUCGUCACGGGCUGGUGGUUCUUUGUCACGCAGUGGUUCUUUGGCCCCGCGCUCAUCGACCGCAGCUUUCGCUUUACGGGGGGCAAGUGCGAGGUCGCGCGCGUGGAGGUCGAGGAGGGCGACCCGAGCAAGGCGGACUUCGUGACGGCCGUGGCGUGCAAGGCGGCGGGGGGCAGAUGGAGCGGCGGCCACGAUAUCAGCGGACAUGUGUUCCUGCUCGUCCUGGGCAGCUAUUUCCUGCUGCAGGAGGUGGGCUGGGUGUAUGUCAGCUGGAGGGGCCGGCGCCGAGAGGAGCGGAGCGUCGUGAUGCACGACGGCGCGGUCAAGAGCGCGUCUGUCGAGCGGACUACGGACGCCACGGACACGACUGGUGAUGCGUUAGGGGUUGGGGCCAAGUUUGCCGGCGCGGUGAUUGUACUGAGCUGGUGGAUGCUGCUCAUGACAGCAAUUUACUUCCAUACGUGGUUCGAGAAGUUGACUGGUCUUCUCGUCGCAUUAAGCGGCCUGUACUCUGUUUACAUCCUCCCAAGAGCGAAGGCCAAUGGUGACCUGAAUUACUAUCCGACGCAGGUCGCCAUCCUUACACCGACUCCCAUACCAUUUCAGCUCCGCUUCUCGCCAGCCUUGGCCAACAAGCCUGAGAAACCGGAGGUGAGAUCCGGUUCGACGAAGCCGUUCAAUCCAUUCGAGAACCCCACGACGCUCCUCGUUACGCCCCUCGACCCUGCGCACAACCUUGUAUUGAACAAGUUCGCCGUCGUCCCUGAACACGCGAUCCUUGCUACCAAAGCCUUCAAGCCCCAGACACAUCUACUGGAAGCCGACGACCUAGCCGCUACGUAUGCCUGUAUCGAGACGUACAAUGCCGAUGCCGGACAAGAAUUGUACGCGUUCUUCAACAGUGGCCAGCAUUCUGGUGCGAGCCAGCCUCACCGACACAUACAGCUACUUCCAGUACAAAAGAUGCGCGAAGGGCUAAAUACAUGCGAGGGCGGAGACACAUGGUCUGUCAUGGCAGACCGGCUUGUCGGGGAGGACGCGGCAAAGAUACCGUUCAGAACAUUUGCUGAGAGGCUGACUUCUGGGAUUGACGCCGAAACUCUCCAUGGAAUAUAUCUCAAACUAUAUAAGCAGGCAUGCCUGUCGUGCGGCAUAGCGACGGGGGCGGAGACUGGUGGCGAGGCGAAGAUCAGCUACAACAUGGCGAUGACGCGUAACGCGAUAGUGAUCUUGCCGCGGUUGGCAUCUGGAGCCCCGGUGGUCAUUGGCGAGGGGAAGGCACCGCACUACGUGGCAUUGAAUGGCACUGUUCUCGCGGGCACAGCGUUGGUGAAGUACCCCGUAGAGUGGGAAGCAUUACGGAAGGACCCUUCACAACUACUCGGUAUCUUGGCGAAGAUAGGGGUGCCAAACAGCUAG